AUGAGCACAAAAUCGGCUCUCACGGCGGCCUGGGCGGCCCUCCACACCUUCCAGUACGGCUUCGCGAUCUCAGCGAUGAACGGCAUCCAGGCCGUGGUGGUGUGCUCGCUGCUUUCUCGCUCGGUUGUCGCCCGCCGGGGCCAGCGGGAUGCCCUCCGCGCCUCAGCCUUCGCAAUCCUCCUCGGCUCGACCGCUCUGGCGGUGGCCAACAGCGUCUUCCUGAUGGUGCUCGCUCGUGUGGUGGUUGGGCUGGGAUGCGGUUUGGCGACUACUACUGUACCACUGGUGCUUGCCGACCUCGCCCCGCCUGGGUCGAAAAAGGCCCUCGGUAUCGCUAAUCAGCUCUUCAUCGUCCUUGGUAUCCUCGUCGCUCAAACCCUCAGCUUUCCCUUCGGGCGAGCAGGCGUGUGGCGCGUCGUGCCCGCCACCGCAGCGGCCGUAGCUUUGGUACAGCUUCUGGGAAGUCUACUUGUGCGCCUGCCUGGUGACUUGCCUUCGUCUGCCCCAGGGGAGGAGCCGCUCUUGGGCGGUGCGCCACGAUCAAGACCCGAGGUACCGCUCACGAUCACCGAGUUGCUCAGCAGCCGCGAUCCGGAGGUGACCCGCGGCCUACCCCUCGUCCUCGCCACCCAGUUCUUCCAGCAGACCACCGGCCCCUCAGUGGUCAUGUACUUCUCCACGGCCAUCUUGUCUGCCGUUAUUCCAGGGAGCGCCAAGGCUAUCGCACUCGCCAUCGUCAUCGUCAAGGUGCCCAUCACUAUCUCGCCCGCGUUCCUGAUCGAGCGCGUCGGCACGCGGCCCCUCCUGAUCCUUCCCACGUGCUUCAUGGUUGGGGCGAUGCUCGCGCUGGCGUCUGGGCUCAAUUCUGAGGGCGGUACGCUGGCGGUGGCCGGCAUGGUCGGGUUCGUGGCUGCGUUCAGUGUUGGAUUGGGGCCCGUCACCUGGGUAGUACUGGGAGAGGUUAUGCCGCCAUACGCACGACCUGCAGCCAGUGCAGUCGGGCUUGCAGUCAACUGGAGCACCAACUUUGUGGUCGGGGCGGCGUUUCUCCCCCUCCAGGCCAAGUUGGGGGGCCGGGACCACCCAGGCAACAUUUUCUACAUCUUUGCCGGGUCUUGUGCGGCAGCCGUCCUGGCUAUACGAUGGGGAUACCGUGUGUACGAGGCCCGUUAG